AUGGAUGCCGCCGCCGUCUUCCGCCAUGGCCUGGGCAACAUGAACAUGAUGGCGCGAAACCCGCCCUAUCAUCACCAUCCUCCUCCGCCCCCUCCGCCUCAAAACUACCACCAGGCCCUACGCGGUCCGCCCUCUAGUCGUGCCGAUGAUAACGAGAGUGACGGCCCCUCUAAUCGUAUUGCUCAUACCCUUACCGCUUGCUGUCGUUGUCGCCAGCGCAAGACACGAUGCGACCCGACUUUGCCCCGCUGUCUGCCUUGCGAGCGCGCAGGCUCUGUUUGCGAGUACUUCGACACCACCAAAGGAAAGAAGAUAAACCGUAAUUAUGUCAUUAAGCUGCAGGAAAAGGUGCGCGCACUCGAGGCCGAGCUGCGUCAGUACACCGACGACGAUACCGAAUUCGCCCACGUCGACGAAGACAUGGUGCGCCCAGGAGGCUUGGUGCGCUUAAACGACACCGACGAGACUCCCCGCUACCUGGGACCAAGCAGCGGCAUCGCCAUGACCAGACUACUGGUCCAGGGCGCGAAGCUAUUUACCGACUCGAAACGGAUAUCCGAGUUGAUCCCAGAAGUACGAGCAAGGAGAAUGACCCGCAUGCAGUCUAUCGUCAUGACAAGAGAUCGAAAAAAGAGCUAUCCCAUGAUUAGUGCCCACCCCGCUGCCGCUCUACCUACGAGACCUGUCGCCAACAGGCUUGUAGACGUGUUCUGCCAACGAUCCCAGGUAUUCUGGCCCACGUUGCAUGAGAAGCAGUUCUUGGACGAUCUCGAGGCUGUUUUUGCAGGAGAUCAAGAUCCAUACAAGAAUUUGAUUGUCCGCAUGGUGUUUGCCAUCAGUCUCCAGAAGCUCGAUCCGCAGUACGCUGGCCUAGCAGAUAGUUACUAUCUGGCAGCCAUGCAGCACUUUGAGGCUGUCGUUCGUCCAAAGGACUUGAAGUCUUUGCAAAGCUUGGCACUUAUCGGCCAAUACUCGUUGUUGACUCCGACAAGGACUGCAGUCUACUACAUGGUUGGCUUGGCUACUCGCAUUUGCCAGGCAGAGGGUCUCACAGACGAAAAAACCAUCUCGCAAGGUUACUCGCUGGACCCUUUGACUCUCGAUAUGCGACGCCGCCUUGCCUACAUUAUCACAUCAAUGGAGGCGGGACUAGCACACAGCAUGGGCCGUCCGAACGGGUUUUCCAAGGUUGACGAUAGGAUGGACGUCCAGCCGUUUGCGACGGUUGAUGACAAGUUCAUUACCCCAGAUGGCCUUCUUCAGGGUCCCCCGAGUGAGAAUAAGUUGGUUGCUCUGCACUUUUUUAAGAUGCGCAUGGAGCAGGCCGAGAUUCGAAGAGUGCUGUACGAGAAGAAGCGUGAAGAGCCGAGGGAUGAGAACCACCCCUGGUUCGCCAAGAUGGAAAGGGAUAUCCAGAACUGGAUUGAUUCAUCACCUCAAAAUCCAUCCUGGUGUAGGCCAUGGUUUACGGGUCGGUACCACCAAAUGCGCAUAUUCCUGUACCGGCCGUCCCCGCAAGUCCCCAGACCAUCUGCGCGAGCCGCAUCGAUUUGUUUUGAGGGUGCUUCGUACAUCAUCAACUUGUCGAAGCAGCAGAUGGAGAAGGCAGCUGUUGACAUCACCUGGGUCUUUUUGCUGAACCUCUACAUGUCCCUCAACACCCUGCUUUGGACUGUCUCAUACCCCGAAGUCCGGCAAGCCCACCCGAGAGAGGAAGUAGAAGAAUUAGCCGACCAAACACUCGAUAUUCUUGAACAAUGCACGGAGCGCUGGCCUGGGACCGCUCAGGCUGUUCAGUUGUAUUCCAUCUUCGCCAAGGCAUGUCUGCAAAGCUACGAAGCAAGGGAUACCCCCAUUCUACAACCUUCAAGCACCUUUACUACUCCUCCAUCCCUCUUCGACGGCAACUCACCUCAGGGCUCAGAGAACUCGGCAUCGACAGCACCGACAUCCGCACCGACGUUCAAAGGGAACACGCCUCAUAACCCACCGCAGUUUGGCUUCGUUUUCGAUGCGACCCCUGAGUCCAUGAACACGUUCCAGUGGGAUAACAGCUUCCCGCCACCACAACCGACAUUCCGCUCCAACUCGAUUUGGGGUAACCCGUCCACCGACUCCAUGGGCCGUCGUUUCUCGGCCUACCCGCCCGAAUCGCCGCUUGAUGAUUCAACGCCGCCAGCGACAACCACGCCUGGGUACACGUCCUCGUCACCGCCCAGUACCAUCGGCAACGCGCUGCCUACGCCGCCAGAGUCGCUCGCUACUACAAAUCAGCAUGUCAGUACGCCGUCGAAUUCUAGUUCCACCAUCUCCCCGCCGGCCAUGGGCACACCAGGAAUGGGUACGCCUGGGAUGGGUACACCGGGGAUGGGAACCCCCGCCAUGUCGCACUCGUCCCCUCUCAUCCUCCAGCAAGGCACUCCCAACAUGGUUGCGCACAGCACAAACAUGUCGCCGCCGCCGCCCCCGAACCCGGGACAACCACAGCCGCCGAACAGAGGACCGGCCUUCACCGUUACCCCCACGUCAAACCAGGGGCCCCCGCAACGGCCGUUGCCCAACUACAACCCGGUCAACGACUGGUUCAACCCGCCGCCGCCGUUUAUCAACCCCGAUGCGUUCAGCUCCAUGAGCAACAGUUUCUUCGGUGACUCGCUCCAGGUCAACGGCUUCAACGCGCAAAACGCAGGUCUCGGGCUUGAUCAGUUCGGCGGGCAGCCCUUCAACUGGUCGCAGGAGCGGCAGGGCAGCCUCAGUCAACAGCAGCAGAUGGAGCUGAUGAACGUUCUGGAGAACGAGGGUAUGAGCGACAUUGACGCCCUGCUCAACAUGGGCAAUAUGGGCACGGCCGGCACCACGGGCGGCUGGCCCCAAGCAUGA